AAGGAAAAAUAAAGGGGCGCGUGAACGAGGAUUUUUAGCCCAUAGUUCUUCAUCUUCCAUUUUUGGCUGUGAUUCCUGCAGCAACCAAUAGAAUCGACAUGGCUAAGAGCAUCUCCUACAUUACAGGCUCUCAGCUUCUCUCCCUCAAACCCCGCCCCAACAUCGCCAUCAUCGACGUCAGGGACGACGAGCGGAGCUGCGACGGGCACAUAGCAGGAUCUUUGCACUACCCGAGUGGGAAUUUCUACGACAAGAUCUCCAAUCUCGCUCAAGAUGUCAAGGGCAAAGACACCCUCGUUUUCCACUGCGCUCUUAGCCAGGUUCGGGGUCCAUCCUGUGCACGAAAGUUUGCCAAUUACCUUGAAGAGGUGAAGGAAGAGACUGGAAUCAAAGACAUUUUGAUUUUGGAGCGUGGCUUCAAUGGCUGGCAAAGUUCGGGUAGACCUGUUUGCCACUGCAACAGCAUUCCCUGUAAAGGCGAGAGCGGGAGUGCGUAAUGCGUGAUUAAAAGGACAUACUCGUCGAGGAUGAAGCAUAUUGAAUUUCCCUUUGUCCCAUUGCCCCAUUGCUGCAGGCUAUCACAAAAUACAUAUGUAAACAACUAUAUUGGUGUAAUAAUUGGUUUCUUUCAACAGCAAAUGUUGAUGGAAGUAUGUAAUUUGGGAACAAAUAUGCAACUUUGGGAACAAACUUCUUCCAACAGUUGCCAUUGAUUGAAGGAACAAUGAGUAAGGAACAUGUGUGCUUAACACGGAA